AUGCAAAUGAUUUGGGUGCUUCUUGUUGGCUGCUUUCUAUGCCUGGCUAGCGCCGCAUUCGACGUUGUGGUGCCUGCGGCCACGCACAAUCUUACGGACUACCUGCAGAGCCGACAGAAACGACAUCAGCUGAUCUACAGGAACGGCGCAACAAUACGGCUGGUGGUCGGACCCGUGAUGGCCACCCAAUUGGAGGACCCGAUCACCUGGCGUGGCUUGGUCUACUUCUGGACGCUCCACUUUGGCGGGUAUACGUUGCCCUCAGAGCCGCUCUAUCCCUGGGAUAAGUGGGAGACGAUCUAUGCGCGAUCGCUGCAGGAGCAGGUCCGACGCUUGGAUGACUCGCACGAGGACGAUACCCGGCUGUUUGUAUAUGAGAUUUUGGAAAAGUACAUGGACCAGUUGAGUGGCUCGGUGGGUCUGGGUCGUCAGUGCCUGUUGCGCGGCAUCUGCGAGAACGCUCAGAUCCAUCGCCACGUGGGCAUCAUGGCUGAGCUCCUGAACAUCCUGCUCACACCUGGGAAAGCGCGUCUGGAUGUGUCCUAUACGCAGGCACAUGCUGCGGGGCUAGCGGGCAGCCGCUGCUUGGAGCAGUUCGCAGAGUGUCCGCGCGGAAAGAGUGUCUUGGAUGCUUACGCAGUGGAUAUGGCGGAUUGA